ACUUCAGUGAGGCAACAUGCCUUGCAUUGACACGAUUUUCUCCCCCGUUUUGACACGUCAACUGGUCGUUGGCCGCUUUUAACUCGUCAAUUCCGCCGUCUCGCAUUGAUGGAAAUGUGGAUCGUGUUGGCUGUGCUCUGAUUGUUUUGUACUUGAAGCUCGACGCUUCGCCCGUUUUUUUCAUGUUCCCUAGGGGAGGCACGCGACCGCGAUACACCGCCAGACACACUCGCGAUAUGCCGUUCCACAUCCCCUUCCUCUCGCGCUUGCACCUUCGCGAGUACCUGGCCCUGUUCCUGUCCUUUGUCCUCAUCAUCCUCGAGUCUUUCAUCGCCCUCAUCACCCGCGCCCUGCCCUCGCCCAUCAUCAACCUCUGCUAUGGCAUCACUAGCCGCGUCUUCAACCAUCUGUCGUCCCCCUCCUCGCUGCAGUCGAGAGAGAAGAAGAAGGGUAUCUGGAGCGCUGUCGCCAAUGCCUCGGAUUUCACGGAGUUGUGCGAGCUCUGGGGGUACACCUGUGAGGAGCACAUUGUGCAGACGGGCGAUGGCUAUCUCCUGGGUCUGCAUAGGUUGAGUAACCGUGCCGGAGAGGAGAAUGUCAGGGUCAAUGCGGGCAAGGGAAGCGUGACGAAGAAGGUCGUGUAUCUGCACCACGGAUUGAUGAUGAACAGUGAGGUGUGGGUGUGCUUGACGGAGCGGGAGAGGUGUCUGCCGUUUCAGUUGGUGGAGAGAGGAUAUGACGUCUGGCUCGGCAACAAUCGAGGAAACAAGUACUCGAAGAAGAGCGUGCACACUGCCCCGACAUCGUCCGCCUUCUGGGACUUCAGCAUUGACCAAUUCGCCUUCCACGAUAUCCCCGACUCGAUCGACUACAUUCUCGAAACCACGCGUCAACCGUCGUUGUCUUACAUUGGCUUCUCGCAAGGAACCGCCCAGGCCUUUGCGACCCUCUCCAUCCACCCUACGCUGAACGACAAGGUCAAUCUCUUCAUCGCGCUUGCUCCCGCAAUGUCACCUCCCGGUCUUACUUCUGGCAUUGUCGACUCCUUCGUCAAGACGUCCCCCGACAUUCUUUACCUUGCGUUUGGCCGCAAAUCUAUUUUGCCUUCAACCACCAUGUGGCAGUCGAUUCUGUACCCUCCUAUCUUCGUUCGCGUCAUCGACGCCGCAUUGCGAUUUCUGUUUGGCUGGUCAGCUGUAAACAUCUUGCCCGACCAGAAGCUCGCCGCCUACCCGCAUUUGUAUUCCUACACGUCCACCAAGAGCGUCGUGCAUUGGUUCCAGAUCAUUCGAAACGGCGUGUUCCAGAUGUACGACGACGAGGCGCCCAGCCCGCUUUCGAACCGAUCCAAGUACUACAAGGUUGCCAAAUUCCCCACAAGGAACAUCAAGACUCCGAUCGUGUUGAUGUAUGGUGGCACGGACAGUCUUGUCGACAUCAAGAUCAUGCUCAAGGAGCUUCCUCGCCAUACAACCGCAAAGGAGAUCCCGCACUACGAGCAUCUCGACUUCCUCUGGGCGCAGUCUGUCGACAAGCUAGUCUUCCCCCACGUCUUCGCUGCAUUGGACAAACACGCAGGAUCGGCAAGUCUCUCCUCAGACAGUGAACGAGACGAGCGUUCCCAGUCAUCAAGCCGCCGUCGCAGACUCCUUCCCGGACCUGAAGCUCCCGGACCCGACGCGGGCCCUUCCAGCCCAACAACCCCAGCAGCUCUCCGCGCGGCCAAGAAAGUCUCGCAAACCACCCGUCGCGCAGCCCUCGCCGACAGCACAAUCCUCGAAACCGAGACCGAACAUAUACCCGCCCCACAACCCGAGUCAGCCCAACUAGCCAUGCUCCCCGACACAGAAGCAACCUUUGCACAAGCGAUAGGCCACAACCCGUCUCCCUCGCAGGCCACAACAAUCUUCUCGCCAACCUCUAUCAAAUCCCCACCGACCUCCGUCAAAGCCCCCUCCGUCAAAACGCCCUCCGUCAAAACUCCCACACGCAACGUCGACUCCCCCGUCCCCUCCCUCGACGCCUCCCACAUGACCAACCAAUCCUCCACCAGCCGCCCCGAAGGCUGGUGGUCCUCCGACGAAGUCGGCGGUGACGACGUAGGCGGCACCGAGCCCUCUGCGCCUUCCACGCCGCCGCCCCCAAAGUUCCGCAGGAAAAUGAGCGAGCGCAGUGUGGAUAGUGCGAACUUGGCGAGGUUCGGAAACAAGGGCAUCACGCUGGGUGUUGGCCGGGCGGUUAGCGGUAUCGUCGGUAUGGAGGGGUUUGCCAUGCGUGGUGAUGUUAGUGGGGAGGGGUUGCUGGAGAGAGGGCAGGUGCGGAAUAGUGUCGAGGAUGGGAAGAGGAGGAAGAAGGCUGUUAGGAGUAAGAGUGACUUUUUGUGAGGCGUAUCUAGCGAUGAUGUGAUGGUUUUACGGUAGAAUUUGUUGCAUGUUUGGGACGGGCUUUUGUUGCAAUGACGUCGAUACCAAAAAUAUACAAAUUGGAAACGAAAGGAAUUCACUUUUACCAUCACUGUGAACUUAUCCUGAUUGUUACUGUGUGUAAAUGGGUUGGUUU